CGGUUAUUACGGCGACUAGUUGUAGCUGUUUUUUGAUGUUAAUUCACUCUGAUCUGGCGGCACUUAUCUCACACUUAACGCGUCUCUGUCACAAUAGAUUUAAGUCCUAUAGAAUGCAGAGUCAAAUAUUGUAUGUUCUUAUGGGCAUUCCAUUUACUCUGACGAAGUUGUUACUGUGCAGCAUUGACUUUGAUGAUUCGAUUUUCCUUGGUGAAAUAAUUUCGGAGGAGAUCUUCAUAAACGAAUAUAUCAUUCUCUAUUCUUGUCUAAGUAAUUCAGUGUCACGAGGACAGACCCGGGCCCCGAUCCUGGUCGUUGGGUGCGUUUGAUAGGUGCAGGAUGCGUUGGGCCAUUUUUCUUCUUUUUUCUGGUAGUCGAUUUGCUCUUCGUUAUCGCUGGUCCGAUGGUGGUGCGACAGGCUUUGGAGACCGCAGAAAAGAGCAAAGGCGCCUCCGCCUUUUCCAGUAAAGAAAGUCUACUCUUAUGGCAGGGUUUUUGAAUCGGUGUUCUUUCUCUUCUUUGAUUCUUUUCAGUGUUUUGGUUCUUUUCUUGUGUCUUUUCGCCUUGCAUUAUUGUUGUUUGUCGCGAUGUUGUUUGUCGCGUUGUUGUUUCCUAGUGGUUUUGCAUUUUUUCCAUUGUCUGGAUUUUCUUGUGUUUUUGUUCUUCUGCCUCUGAAGUAAAUCGUUAGUCGAUGACACUUGAUGUGCAGGAUCGAUACUGCAACCUAACCAUUAUAGCUGUGUCCUCGCUCAAGUCUCAUAGUCAUUUUUACUAUGAAUAUCAAUAUCUUGCACUUUUUUUUCUAAGCCAAAAGGAUUUGGAGAAGACUCUGAAGAAUUCGAUACCAGAUAUAGCGGGUGUGACAUUAGAGGAUAGUACUGGGGACGAUGAAUCUCCUGCGGAACCUGGUGCAAAUGCAGUGGAG